GCAGGAGAAUUGAUUUUACACGGCCUAUAAUAGGAAAGGUGUUUAUGCACCGAAGUAUUGUUUCUGAUUUUUCGCUAGAGGUGGUUUGUAUCGGCAACUUGACAGCUUGUUAAUUCUUUUUUAGGAGUCUCAUUACCCUUUCUACAAAGUGCCAGGAGACACAUUUCUGGAACUGUGGUUCGGUCACCAGUGAUGACAUGGGUGUCGUUGGAAAUGGAACCUACAUGUAAUUUUUGUUUCGAAGUUAUCUUUGAGUGAAAUCUCUUUGUCAUUAAUACGGACAAAGCCAAUGCAAGAAAUACCUUAACAAUGGUGGACAAAUGAUGCCUUAGUGCUAAUAGAUAUGAUUGUGCAACUUAGCUGGAAUGUAAAACAAUAAUCCCUGACACGUGCAACUCAAUUCUUCUCCAAUGGGAUGUUCGGUAUCAUUACCUGUUCGCAAGAACCGGAGGGAGAUGGUGCCGUUGAAGAACCUGAAUAAUAAUGAACAUGCAUAUAAGACGUCUGAGAAGUCAGUGAGGUGUCGGGAGAGAAUGACCCCCAGGAAUUGGGUUAACAUUGUCAAUUCAACGCAAGGCGGGGGUGCCAGUAGACCCAGAUCUUCAAAAUCAAAACCAGAUUCAACAAAAUUGUUUGUUGAUGUAGAAUUCCCCGCCAAAGAUUCCUCCAUCUUUAAAAACAAAGCAGUCACCAAACAGGUGGUGUGGAAGCGGCCCUCUGAAAUUCGACCAAACCCAGUUUUAAUUUCUGAUGGAACUAGUCGCCAUGACAUGAAACAAGGAGAGUUGAAUAAUUGUUGGUUUCUUUCCACUUUGUCUGCCAUUGCUGAAAAACCCGAACUCAUAAGCAAGAUUAUUCCAAGUGACAACACUUUCGGGUCAUCCUAUUAUGACGGAAAAUUCCAUUGUCGCUUCUGGCAAUUUGGUAAAUGGGUGGAUGUUUACAUUGACGAUCUUCUUCCUACAGUCAAUGAUGAAAUUCUGUUUGCUCAUUCAUCGGAUCCUGAUGAAUUCUGGGUAUCUUUGGUGGAAAAAGCAUACGCCAAGCUCAACAAGUCAUAUGAGGCACUGGAGUAUGGUUUUGAGGCCGAUGCUUUCACGGACCUCACGGGGGGACUCGCCGAGUGGUACAAUCCUGCUGAACUAAAGGAACACGAUUUCUACCUCAUUCGGGCCGCUUAUCAGUGCGGUGCCGUGAUUGGUUGUUUGAGUGUGGAUAAAGAGGAUCGAGACGAUAGGGAGAAACGGGGCAUGGUGUCCAAUCAUUCUUACGUCAUAACUGCUGUGGAGGAAAUUCCGUACAAGUCGGGAACAACCAAACUGAUUAGAGUCCGAAACCCUUGGGGCGAUACUGAAUGGAAUGGUGCUUGGGGAGAUGGGAGUGACGAGUGGGACCACGUGACAAACGAAGUUAAAGAUCAGUUGGAGUUAUUAUCACGUGACGACGGAGAAUUCUGGAUGAACUACAACGACUUUCGGCGCGAGUACUGCAACAUGAUUGUGUGCAACUUGUCGCCAGAUUUUGAUCACGAUGGAAUAAGUGAUAGAGCAGAAUAUCAGUUGAGCUUUAAAGGUUCCUGGAAAGCGGAGCUAAAUGCAGGCGGCUGGUUAGAAUGCGAAUCGUUUUACCAGAAUCCACAGUAUCUCAUCAUCCUACACACCGACGUGGUCGUUCAGAGACGUUUCAAUGGACGUCUUCCAUUGAUUAUCUCCCUUCUACAAGUGUACAGAAGACAUGAUAAAUUAGACGGUGUCGGAUUGUUUGCAAUCGGUUUUGAAAUUUUUCAGUUGUACUCGAAGCCAUCGGGUGCCUUGGGCAGAACCUUUUUCGACAACAAUGACCCACUGAUGCCGGAAAACGAGGAAACGUACGCGGAAUACAGAGAAACAUCCGGGCGCUUCUUCCUAGAUCCGGGACAUUACAUUCUUGUGCCAACAACACAGCUGCCAAAUUUCGAACGAGAGUACUUAAUGAGGUUGUUUUCAGUCUGCAAAAUGGAAUGCAUUCCAAUAGCCAAUAGCUUACCCUGGGUACAUUAACACGUCAUCGUUUCGUCAUAUAGUUUGGUCAUCUGUGGAACUUCUUCCUGUGUGAUGUGAUGUAAAUAUCAAAGUUCACAUUCCGUACGGACAAUUAUGCAACACUUUCCAUUUGUGUCAAACUGUUUUAACGUUCAAAUGCGGUGUAAAUGGUUUUGUAAAUGUAUGAGAGAGAGAGAGAGAGAGAGAGAGAGAGAGAGAGUUUAUGUCCAUUCUAGUCUCAAAAUCAUGAAAAUCAAAUUACACAAUUUCAUUUCGCAAACAUUUCAUUAUCUCAAUACCAUAUCAUACAUGUAUUAAACGACAUUGCUGAAUGCUGUAUGUGAAUGCCAUUUAUUGUUAUAUUUACAAAAUGUACCUGAUCAUUAUUCAUUUAUAUCAACAUAUAUACGAACUCAGUGCCAUCUCAUUCCAGACCUGCACAGUGUAUUAGCUAUGCACUAAUAAAAUCGCACAUUUCAAGACUGUUUAUGUAUAGCAAAAAUGUACUUGUUAACCAUGUCAUGUAAUACUAAUACAGAAAAUUGAAUUUUUCUAUUUACCGUGUAAUAAUGAAAUAGAAAAAUCGAUGAAAUCGAUACAUGUAAGCUGACGACUAUUUCGACAAAAGAAUGUUAGCAGUAGGUAAGAUAUUCAGAAAUCAAAGUAUGUCACCUGUUCUUUUUCCUGAUGUGCCAAUUUUAAUAACCAGUAGAAAUGUUGAUAUAAAACACAGCAUUAAAACUUCCUAAAUUCUGAUUUACAAAAUAUACCCGCAUAUACAUACAUUUUAAUAUUCUUAGUAUUUAAGGCGUUGAAUUAGAAAUCAUUGCCUUCUUAUAUAAAUCAUUAGUCUACAAAAAGAAUACCCCAAAAUAUUUAUCAAGAAGUCAUCAAUGCAACAAUCAGGCUGAGGGUGCACACUGAAUAUCUGGAAAUGGCAAUUUUUUCAUUAGAUUUCUAGUUAAACGUAAAAUUGAAACAGAAAAAAAAAAAAUGAUUUUAAGCUCUACUUCAUCAUUAAUAUGCUGGAUGCAUUAUCCCUUUGAAAUAUAAACCAUUAUAAAGGGCAGAUAAUUCUUGCCUCUGCUUUAAAAAUUGUAAAUAUGAAUAGCCAAACACUGCUUUGAUUGACAACAAAAACAUCCAUGAAUGGGAAAACCACUGCUGUUUCUGAUAUACAUGUCAAUGAAUAAACCCAAUGAAUCUAAAUAAGUAGAUCGAUUGAUAUAUUCAUUCAGCAGUUUCUGAUUAUAAAGGAACAGUUAGAUUUAAUUACAUGUAUUUCAGCCGUAUCUAAUAUUGGAAAGUACAGUUUUGGAUAAACUGGUAUAUAUGCCUUUGAUAAAAUUAUUGAAUUUAUACUGAUUUUGUGAUUUGAAUACCAAUUCAUAUUGUACAGUAAAUAUGUGUGAAACUCUUAAGUCACAUCAUACUAAUAAAUGAAUGUAUUGGUCA